AAACUGUGUUCAGUGGACACCGUUGAGUGAAUGUGGAGUAACGUCAGCUUUUAUUUAAUUUUCAGUUGGUAACGGGAUCUUCUCAAUGCGACAGCGACUGAGCUGAGCCAGCUAACCUGUGCUAAGGGUUCUUGGUUAAAGGCACAAUGCCCCAGGCUGCAGACAUGAUCAACCUGGGCUUCCUGUCUGAGUCUGAGCAGGAGCUGAUCCUGGAGGUGCUGCGGCGGGACGAGGAGUUGAGACUGGCUGAGGAGCAGCGUGUGCGGAAGUUGAAGACAGAGUUGCUGGAUGUGAGGAGGAAAGGGGCCAAACGUGGCAGUGGAAGAUACAGUCAGCGUAGUUGUGGCAGAUGUCAGGAGCCUCUGAGUCGACUGACUGUUUUCUCCAGCCAGUGUAAGAUGUGCAAUCACCUCGUGUGCCGCAACUGCCGAACAGUCCUCCCCAAAGGAUCCUGGCUGUGCAGUGUGUGUGCCAAAGAGUCGGAUCUAAAGAAAAGGACAGGUGACUGGUUCUUUGAUCAAAGGGUCAACCGUUUCUCUACAAUGCCUGGACACGACCUAGUGAGAGUCUCCCUGAAAAAGAGGCCUCUGCCCAAGAAGCGUGAGACAACAGGAGAAUUGCUGUUGAGAAGUACUGAAAUAAACCCAGAUCCUCCCACUCCUGUUCCUCGGGCCAGGCAGAAAAAUCAGACAACUGACAAAGGUCAGUCAACUCAGAAUUCGGGAUCAAUUGCUUCAAGGGAAUCAUUUGAAUCAAGGGAGGACAUUUGGUCAAAACCAAUACGCAGUGACACGGAGUCUGCAGAAAACGCCAGUAUAAUUAGCAGCAAAACUGAGACUGAGUCUGGCCGUGUGACCCCCGAGCAACCAAGGAAAGAGAACCGCUCAGUUCAGUCCAGCCCAACAGGAUCCAGUGUUUCCAGCGUGACCGUCCCAGUCAAAGCAGAUAUUGUCAACGUUGUGAGCACAAAUGCAAACACUACCCCAGGCGUUAAAGCGAACAGUCCGAGCCCGGAUUUAGAUGUUGAUAGGCUCUUCAAGAAGAGCAUCAAGCGAGAGCCAAGAUCUUCCGCAGAGUAUGUAUCUACACUCGACCUGCGUGAUGGAUGUGACACAUCAGAGGUCUCAAUGGGCAACAGGAGCCGCUCUGUACCAGGCUUAGAUAUACAGGAAGAUGGAGAGGAGGAGGAAGAUAUUGACAGCCUGGUUAGCUUUCAUAAAAGGACAAUAGCUUCGAGCUCCUCCAGCCUGCGUAGCUCAAAGAGUACACUGGGCAGCCUGAUGAGCAUUUACAGCGAAGGAGGAGACUUUGACAGCGUGGAGGUGAGCGGAGACGUUGUCUUCUCUAUGAGCUACGACGAACACACCCAGAGCCUCCAGGUCUUCAUCAAGGAGUGCCACGAGCUGGCCUGCGGCGAUUCCUCACGGCAGCUUUCCAACCCUUAUGUCAAAUGUUACCUACUUCCUGACAAAUCUCGCCAGAGCAAAAGGAAGACCAGCAUUAAGAGAAACACAGUCAACCCUGUCUACCAAGAAACACUGAAGUAUUCUAUCAGCCGCUCUCAGCUGUCAACCCGGUCCAUGUUGAUAUCAGUCUGGCAUCAUGGUCGCCUGAGCCGCAACGCCUUCCUGGGAGAGGUGGAGAUCCCUCUGGACUGCCGAGACCUUGACUCCACAGACAUGGACCGCGUGGCUCUCAUGGCGAAGGCAGCCUCUGCUAUGCCGGCUUCAGCUUUUGCUCAGUACAAAGGAGAGUUGGUGAUCUCCUUGAAGUAUGUCACACCUAAAAAGCCAACAACUGAGAAAAUCAAAGGCAAAAAGGCAGUGACUGGGGAAGGGGGAGAACUGCACGUUCUAAUUAAAGAGGCAAAGAAUUUGAUAGCAGUGAAGCCAGGAGGAACGUCAGAUAGCUUUGUAAAAGGGUACUUGUUCCCAGCUAAGGCAAAGAACACCAAGAAGAAGACUCCAGUUGUGAAGAAGAAUCUGGACCCUCACUAUGACCACACAUUUGUGUACAAGGACCUGGCUCUGGAGCAGCUGAAGGGGAUGUGUCUGGAGCUGACAGUGUGGGACAGAGAGGCCCUGCUGAGCAAUGAAUUCCUGGGAGGAGUCCGUCUCAGCUCUGUAACAGAAACUGUAAAAAUAGGAAAAGAGGAAGUGCAGAUUGACUCGGUUGGAGAGGAGACCAGUCUGUGGGAGAAGAUGAUGCAGUACCCUGACUCGUGGGCAGAGGGCACUCUUCCACUGCGUUCUACUAUGGCGAAGGCUAAGGUUAAAUAAGGACAGCACAGGCCUGGAUCUUCAAAAAAAAAUCCAGACUGAAAUGGGGAGAAGCUUUGGGGUUCUGAGACAAAUAUAAGAUGCAAGAAUAUCGGACCAGAAGCUUGUCUACUGCAGUGAACCAACACACUGCUGAUUGGCUGUAAGCAGACACACAGUUCAUUGGCCUCUUGAACCCUAAACAUCCACUCACACCUGCUUCCCUGUAAGGGGUUCAUCGGCAGCACCCCCCCCCUCUCUCUGACUGAAGACUGUAACUGUUGAAAAUGUGUCAAAGCACCAAAACACUAACCUCUGGAUUUAUUUUUAAGAGAAAUUGACAUUCAAUUUAUGUUUUUUAAUUUCCGGCUUUAUAUAUUAUUGCAAUUCAAAAUCAUGCAUGUCAUAAUAUGUCAUUCUUUUCCUUAUAAUUGUGUACAGAAUUACACUGAUUUUAUUUUAACAUUAUAUAACAUUUCUGGUGUUGUUGCCAACGAAUUGUCCUUGGUUUUAUCUAUAUCAUUGUAUUUUACAUUAAUACUGUAAGAAAUUAUAUUUAUAUACCUUUCUUAAAAAAAGCCUGAAUUGAAAUUA